AUGCUUUAUACUAAUCGAUGGCCCAAAUAUCAGCCACUAUUUUCAUUUUUCACUGAAUAUGAAUCAGCUGUACAUAUUUCUGUGAGUUGUUUGUAACAAUAUUUUCUCCAAUAUUUUUUCUUGGAAAUAAAAAAAAAUAAUUUAUUGUGAGAUCAUUUCUCAUUUAAUUUCCGUAUCUUCUAGACAUCAUCUCCUCCUUCAAAAUAUCAUUUUCUCGCUCAAAACAACAACAAUAAAAUGUACAUAACUGUAGAGAAUACAACAUUAUGGCUCCCGGUAUUCAUGGUUCAUCAACAGGAACAUGUUCUUAAUCUUGGUCAUUCGUUCCUUAUCUCCCAAUCCGUUUUAAUGUUUCUAUCACUAAUUUUGGCCUAUUAUACAGUUUAUCGAAUUUGUUCGACGAAUAUUUUCAAUUUCAAUAUCAAAUCGAUAUUUGUAUUCAAUCUCGCAUCGUAUCUAUUAAUAUUUUUCGGAAGAUGUUUGGUCUUAACAGUUCUAUUUGGAGUAGUAAGAAUUUUCGAAUUCGAUCCAACAACAGACUUUGACUUUGAACAAAGAUUUUUGCAAUUUCUUCAAGUUCAGACAGAUUUUCUCAAUUUAUUCGUCAUUGGUGGUGUUAUGAUCUAUUUUCAUUUAACUAUUGUGACCGGAACGAUAUUGACAUUAUCAAUAGAGCGAACUUUUGCUUGUUAUUUCAUUAGUGAUUAUGAACGUGUCCCACGAAAAUGGAUAAGUAUAUUGCUUAUUACAUCAAACAUUAUUUUCACAAUUCUAGUCACUUCAGUGACAAUUCUAUGCAUUCGACCGUUUUUUGAAAUAUCAUGUUUCAAUAUUUCAAUUCAACUUAUAGCAAUUAUGUUAUUCAUAUUCAAUCGUUUCUACACAAUUAAUAUCGUUGAACGUCUAAAAAAUAACUCGAAUUAUAGUUUGGCAACGCGAUUUCAAACUGUUGAGAAUUUACGAGCCGAGAAAAUGAUUGCUCGAUUGUAUUUCUUUGGUGGCAUAGCGUUUCUAAGUAGUUUCCUAACAUUUUCGAUGUAUUACACAAAUCGAUUGCCCAGAUAUCAAACAUUGUUUUUAUUUCUGACAGAAUCAAUUAUCUUACUGUAAGUUACAGCAACUUUGAUGAACAGAAAAAUGUUUUUCUAGUUAUCCAUUGUUGGUUUGUCCGAUUUGUUUGAUUUCUUUGAGAAAAGUGCCAAUGAAUAAUGUUACACCUUUGAAAACGAAUUUUCAAGAAGAAUCUGAUGUUUAUUUCAAACAAUUUAAUAAUUCUUGGAAUUAA